AUGAGAGAUCUAGAAUCCUGCAGAAUCAAACACACUGAAGAUACUGAACAACAAACAGAGUUGAUCGAAGAAAAUGAAGAGAAUGAAGAAUUUAGUGAAUCUGAGGGGGGAAAUCAGGCUAUAACCAUAGGAAAACCUUUGAGUUGGUCUCAGACCAAACAGAAAGAUUUAAUUAAAAGAACAGCAAAGAAAUCUUUCCCAUGCACUGAGUGUGGAAGGAUUUUGAAAAGAAAAAAUAGUCUUGAGCGUCACAUGAGAGUUCAUACCGGAGAGAAACCAUUCAUUUGUGAUCAGUGCGGGAAGAGUUACAAACAGUCAUCAAAUCUUAAGGAACACAUGAACAUCCACACUGGAGAGAAACCAUACAAGUGUUCACACUGUGACAAGAGAUUCAUUCGGUCAGGAGACCUAAGAACACAUGAGAGGAUUCACACUAGAGACAAACUGUACACAUGUGAUCAAUGCAGCAAAACAUUUUUGAUUGCUUCAUACCUGAGAAAACACCUGAGAGUUCAUACAAAGGAGAAGCCACAUUCAUGUUGUUUGUGUGGAAAGAGUUUUUCAAGUUUACAAAGUUUGAGAGCACAUCGGAAAACACACACUGGUGAGAGAGAGUACAAGUGUUUUGAGUGUGAAAAGACUUUUAUUUUAGCAAGCAGUUUAAAACAGCACGAGAGGAUUCACACUGGAGAGAAACCUUACAAGUGUUCACACUGUGGCAAGAGAUUCAGUGAUUCAUCAAGUCUGAAAACACAUGAGAGGAUCCACACUGGAGAGAAACCGUAUCACUGCACUGCAUGUGGGAAGAGUUUCGGACAUUCAUCUGCUCUACACAGACAUACAAAAAACAUUCACAGUGAGAAACAGUAAGAAAAUGCCUUGAGCAGACGGAAUCUGUU